AUGCGAGAGGCAAAGAUGUUGGUGCUUGUAGUGAUGGUGUUUCUUAUGAUGAACGUGAUGGUGGACUCAUCACAAACGGUUAUGAAGUCAAUGACGAAGAAUUUCUUAAAGGCGUACGAAGUUUGCCUAAAGGAAUAUAACAUACGAGAAGGGACAACUAAUCAAAUUCUAAGCUUCUGGAAGGAGGACUUCACCACCAGCAGCAGGGACGUUGGUUGCGCUAUAUACUGUCUCUCCACCAAAUUGGAUCUUAUAGACCCUGAGGGAAAAUUACAUCAUGGCAACGCGGCCAAUUUCGCUAUGAAACAUGGCUCUGGUGAAGAGAUGGCGAAGAAAAUUGUUGAGUUUCUUCACUCGUGUGAACAGUCGACGCCUGCUAAUGAAGACAAAUGCAUGCAUGCGUUGGAUAUCGCGAUGUGCUUCAAGAAGGAGGUGCACGCUGUAGGCUGGGCACCCGACCCCGAGGUCCUGUUCGAUGAAAUUAUUGCAGAAAUGCAAUAA